AUCACUGGCCGGCUAUCCGUGUAGGGCAUCAACCUGUAUGCCUUAUCAUCUAAACAACCAAAUCAACAUCCCGGCAUAGCACCAGAUGCCUUCUUGGGGCUUCAUGGUGGAAGGCGCAGCAAGAAGAAACGAUGGACACAACGCAUUCACUCGAGUGGGACUUGCCCGGGCGAGAUACAUAUAAGUUCGCCGUUUCUCAGAAUGAAGUCUCAUAUCUCACUCGGAAUACAUUGCUAGCUAUAGCGCUCCAAAUUCUUCAUCAAUACUCCACUGUCUUAACAUCUCACAUUAUGGCCGCCAACUCCACUAUUCGCUAUCUUCCCAAGCACUCCGACACAACUUCGACUCCUCAACGUCAAUCAAUGUCUUUGCAGUCCAAUAGCACAACAUUCCUCGAGGGUACAACGGUUCCUUCGAUUUCAGAUGAAAGUGAAUUCACGCUUCACACAGACUAUCUCGUCGACCAUCACCUUUCGAGCCACAGCAUAUCCGCACCCUCUUCACCGGUCCUUUCUUGCAGCCUACCACAUUACACAUCUGCACCCAUCUACGGUGCUCCAAUAGUUUGGUUUUGUUCGGCGUGUAGGGAUGGUCCCAAAGGCGACUGGCAAAACGUGUGUACAGCAUGUAAUCACCAAAGGUGCAAUGCUUGCACCGUGGAAAAGACUUAAUAAACAGACCUUUGAGGUUGAAGCCAGCAUUUCUUGCAUCACCGGCGGAACAUCAGUCUUUCAGCGCCAUUCUUGGGUCUGAGCGUGUUAUUUGGCUUGCUUUUUACGGGGGUCACAUAGGGGAGUAUGGUCGGUUUUGGGCAUGGAGGAUUAGGCUUGGAUUUAGAUUUCGUCACGCAAUAUAUCUG